GAGGUUUCCACAGCAAAAGAAGAAGCAGCAGCUAUCCAUCAAUGGCGCCUUACUGUUCAAUUUCAAUCUAUCUCCUUCUCCUUAUCACAACCUCCACUGCCUCUCCUCUCUCCUUCAACCUCCCCGCCAUCACGACUGACGAGACCAACCUCCAGAUCAUGAUCAAAGGCGACGCCUAUAUAUCCACAGAAGGACUCCAGGUCACCAACAACGAGAAGAGCAGCGACGGCAUCGAACUCACCGGCCGCGCCACCUACGCCGAUCCCCUCCACCUCUGGGACAAGGCCACCGGCAACUUGACCGACUUCGACACCCACUUCUCCUUCGUCAUCCAGGCCUAUAACCCGCACGUCUGCGCCGCCGACGGGCUCGCGUUUUUCCUGGCUCCGUUCGAUUCCCCCAUCCCGCCAAAUUCCUCCGGCUCCGGCCUCGGCCUCGGCUCCUGCUAUGCCCCCGCGAACGCAUCCGAAUUCCCGUUCGUGGCGGUCGAAUUCGACACAUUCUCUAAUGACUGCGACCCGCCGCUCGUCGGCCAGCACGUGGGGAUCGACGUGAGGUCUCUGAACUCCACCGUGUAUGCGCCGUGGGGAAGCAAUCUGACGGAGGGGGAUGUAACUGAUGUUUGGAUUAGUUAUAAUUCUUCAAACAUGAAAUUUCGAGUGAAUUUUACUGAUGUUGUACAAGAUUCACAGCCUUAUUACUCGAGUGUUGAAUACACUAUAGAUCUCCGGAAUAUUCUACCAGAGUUUGUCGCUGUCGGCUUCUCCGCAGCUACUGGAGACUGCUUCCAGACAAACAAUGUCAAGUCAUGGAGUUUCAGUUCCACUCUGGAUGUCGAAGAUACGGCAUCUAAUGUCACCGGCCCGGACCCCGAACCGGCGGGGAAACCGGUCGGGUUGAUUGCAGGUUUAUCUACGGCUGUAGCAGUUGGGUUGAUUUCGGGUUUAUCUAUGGCGGCAGCGGUUGGGCUGGUUUUGGUGGGAUGCUGGCUAUGGAGAAGGAAAAGAAGAGGGAGAAAAAUUUUGGCUAUGGGGAUGAAUUUUGAGAAGGGGAGUGGGCCUAGAAGAAUCAACUACGGAGAGCUAGCGGCCGCCAGGGGUAAUUUUGCGGAGGAAAGAAAGCUAGGUGAGGGCGGGGAUGUUUUGGCUCUGGAGAUGGAUUUUGAGAAGGGGAGUGGACCUAGAAGAUCCAACUACCGAGAGCUUGCGGCCGCCAGGGGUAAUUUUGCUGAGGAAAGCAAGCUAGGUGAGGGCGGGGAUGUUUCGGCUAUAGAGAUGGAUUUUGAGAAGGGGAGUGGGCCUAGAAGAUUCUCCUACAGAGAGCUUGCGGCUGCCACGGGUAAUUUUGCGGAGGAAAGGAAGCUAGGUGAGGGCGGCUUUGGCGGCGUCUACCGAGGCUUCUUGAAGAAUCUAGACGUCGCGGUGAAGCGAGUUUCCAAGACCUCGAAGCAAGGCAAGAAGGAGUAUGCGUCGGAAGUGACGAUCAUCAGCCGGCUUCGCCACAGGAACCUCGUACAACUCAUAGGCUGGUGCCAUGAGAGGUGUGAGCUCCUUGUGGUGUAUGAACUCCAACCAAAAGGCAGCUUAGACUCUCACCUGUUCAAAAAAAAAUAUCCCCCUUUGAACUGGGAGACGCGGUUCAAGAUUGCGCGGGGGCUCGCGGCGGCGCUGCUGUACCUGCACGAGGAGUGGGAGCAGUGCGUGCUCCACCGGGACAUCAAGUCGAGCAACGUCAUGCUCGACUCGACCUUCAAUGCCAAGCUAGGCGACUUCGGGCUGGCCAGGCUCGUCGACCAUGACAAGGCGUUGCAGACGACGAUCCUGGCCGGCACGAUUGGCUACAUUGCGCCUGAGUGCUUAACGACGGGAAGGGCGAGCAAGGAGUCGGAUGUGUACGGUUUCGGGAUAGUGGCCCUGGAGAUUUCGACAGGGAGGCAACCCAUAUCGGAGCAGGUGAGCACGGUGGGGUGGGUAUGGGAGUUGUACGGGACGGGGCGGCCGUUGGAGGCUGCGGAUGUGAGGUUGGAGGAGUGUGGAGGGUAUGAUGAGAGGGAGAUGGAGAGGUUGAUGGCGGUGGGGUUGUGGUGCGCGCAUCCGGUUGACAGGCUCCGGCCGUCAAUGAAGGAGGUGGUGCGGGUUCUAGCGUUUGAAGGGGUGCUGCCGCCGCUACCAUCCAAAAUGCCGGCGCCUGCUUAUGGUUAUAGUCGUGGCUCGACGGCCACUUCUUCUUCGGGUGCAUCUGUUUCUGCGUCCUCAUCGCUAUUAUUUUCGAGAUGAGAUGAGAGUACAAAGGUGGAGAAAAAUACUGAAAUACCGCAGGUUAAGCGGCGACGGGUGACUGGUGGGGUUGAGCAACUAAACUAAAUCUUAUGGUUGUCUUGAAACUCCGAGUGUCGUUGUGUCUUCGUACAUGAUCUCACUAUUCUCUUGGAUGCUUCCGCUUAAAAUAGUUGGUUGAUUUUGAAACUAUUUCCUUCUUAUUAGAACUUAAGACCCGAUAUGUUCUGGGAUUGCUUUAAGCCCUUGUUGUUUUGAAUGAAUUUUAAUACUAGUUGAUUUCCUUUGGGUUUAA